CUUUUGUAAGUCCAGUACCCAUUACAUUGCCUUGCACGGCCGUGACAAAAUUUGAGACGAAGUCGUCGCAUAACACUGCAAGGCUUGAAUGAGCAUCAGUAAAUUAUCCUUAUGAAUGUCUUAUAGCCCCCACCAAUGCGCGGGAAUAAAGAAGUCAACGUUGAAAGGGUCCUCCAGAUGAUCAACCACUUAGCCUACUAAGUGUUUGUGCAAUUGCUCAAUGUCGUUAUCAGGGCGGCUGGGGUGUUCCCGCCUGCUGGCUGGCGUCCUCAGCCAGGGCGGUGCACGGUCGGUGACAGCCGGCACGGCCCUGGGGGCUACUACGGCAGUCGCCCCCAGCAGCAGCCGCGGCGCGGUCCGCCACCUGGCCGACUGGGUGUCUUUCUUGCAGGGUGGAAACAGUAGUCCAAACUCGGUCACUGAUGCCAGGAGCAGCGGUGGCCAGGGAGCGGGGCUGUUCGGGCGGCCAGAACUGCAGCAGCCAGCGGACUGGAACCGUGUUGCGGCGGCGACAGAAGUUCGCUGCGACGAGCUGCUGGCUGAGAUCCUGACCUGCACGCCCUCAGACGGCGUGCGGGUGGUGGAGCUGAUGGACGACAUGUCGGACGAGCUGUGUCGGGCGUACGACGCCGCCGAGUGCUGCCGCAAUGUGCAUGUGGACCCCGAGUGGCGCCAGGCGGCGGAGCGGGUGUGCGUCAAGCUUGGAGGUGAGGCGAGUGGUUGAGUGUGUGAGGUGCACACAAACACGCCUUUCCUUGUCUUUAGGCACACGUACGGCGACGUGCUUGAAAAAACGCGUAGCAUGAAGCGCAUACGGAAUACCUGUUCAUAUUUGCGCACACAUACGUGUAGAUGCGUACUUGCGCACGUCUAUAUAUAGACGCGUACGUGUGGCCGUGCAGUCCCAUCGCCCCGCUCAGCGACACGGCCACUGCGGCCGCGCCACCCCUGGUCGCAUUUGUUAAUCCCAUUCGUUGCCGCUUUCAGUUUCCUCGUCCCCCCUAGUCAUCCUCUUAUGUAAACUUUUUGUUUG